AUGGUUCGUCACAAGAAAGAUGGCAUGUCCGCCAAAGCGAAGAAGUACUCGACAAAUCCACGCCAUACCAGCCGCUCACAACGAGAUGGCGAUGUGGAAGGUGGCGGGGCCGAACGGCCGCCUUUCAAGGCAGCAUGUUGGGACUUUGGACACUGCGACUCGAAGCGAUGUAGUGGCAAGCGAUUGAUGCAUUUUGGGAUGAUGCGAGAACUGCCCAUUGGGCAGAAACACCAAGGUGUUGUGAUCUCGCCAAACGCAAAAACGAUAGUCUCGGCCGCAGACAAGGAUUUGAUUGAACAAUAUGGAGCCGCGGUCGUCGAGUGCUCAUGGGUUCGAGUCCAGGAAAUACCAUGGUCACGCAUUGGCGGAAAAUGCGAACGACUACUCCCCUAUCUUGUCGCCGCAAACCCAGUCAACUACGGAAAGCCGUGGCGGCUGAACUGCGUGGAGGCUCUGGCGGCAUGCUUUGCCAUUUGCGGCCAUCUCGACUGGGCGGAAAUCGUCCUCCAGCAUUUUCCUUACGGCCAACCAUUUCUCCAGAUAAACUCUCAGCUCCUGAAACGUUAUGCCGCUUGUCAGAAUGAGGAGGAGGUGAAGAAAGCCGAGGAGGCUUGGUUGGCAAAGCUGGAGAAGGAGUAUUCUGACAGCAGGCUGACCAAGGGCGCUGCGGGGGAGGACGAUGUCUGGGCCGGGGGCAAUAGGAACCGCAUGGAGCCGCCCGCAGACUCCGAGGACGAGGAGGACGAGGAGGACGAGGAGGACGAAGGGUCGGACGAAGAAGAACAUGGAAUCGCUCCUCAAGGGGUCUCACUCGACCUUCCCCCGAUCGACGACGAAGAUGAUGACGAGGCGGAGAUGGCAGAGAUCAGGAGGAAAAUUUUGGCCUCGAAACCUUUCGCCGACUCUGUCUCCUCCAAAGCACAGGACAAACAACCCCAAACCCCGACCGUCAAUUCAGCCCGGGGUCCUGAUGUCCAACAGACACAAAACCCGCCACUCGUGGACUCAGACGCCGAAUCUGGCUCCGAGGAGGAAGAAUACGACGACUUCGACCAGAUCGCGAACGCAACGCCUGUCACAGAUCGCACGGGGAUCGUCGCGAGGGAGAGACAGAAAAAAUUGGAGCAGUCGAGUGCAUCCUUCUCACGCACUGUGCUUCCCGCGCCGGGAAAGUGGUGA